GUGCAGGGCGGAUUGGCUGCAACGGCUCCUGAGGGUGCCCUCACCCUCCUCCCUUCCCCAUUGCAGGUUAGCAUUGCUCCUGCCUCCAUCACUAACGGAUGGCAUUUGCAGAAGUGACAAGUUGCUGUUCGCAGCCACUGGAAGAGGUUGGCAGUGCCCUGGGACAGUAAGGUUCUGCCUUUACCUCAGCUGUGAGAACAAGGGCUGGACACUGCUUUUCUUGCCCCCUGGAUGUGCUGAGCACCUGCUGGCAUGAGGUUUUUCCUCCAGUAUGUGGGCUGUUGUUUUGCUUUCUUGUCUACUGGGUUUUUGAUAGCAUCUACCUGGACAGACUGCUGGAUGGUGAAUGCUGAUGAUUCCCUGGAGGUGAGUACAAAAUGCCGUGGCCUAUGGUGGGAAUGUGUCACAAACGUUUUUGAUGGGAUCCAAACUUGUGAUGAGUACGACUCUAUCUUCGCCGAGCACCCUGUGAAGCUGGUCCUGACCCGAGCCAUGAUGAUCACAGCAGAUAUCCUGGCAGGACUUGGAUUUCUCUUCCUUGUCCUGGGACUGGACUGUGUGAAAUUCCUUCCUGAUGAGCCACUCAUCAAGCUGCGCAUCUGCUUAGUCUCUGGAGUUAUGUUGCUCAUUGCAGGUCUCCCAGGAAUUACUGGCUCGGUGUGGUAUGCCAUUGAUGUCUACGUGGAACGCUCCUCUCUGGUCUUCCACAACGUGUUUCUGGGCAUCCAGUACAAGUUUGGCUGGUCAUGUUGGCUUGGCAUGGCGGGGUCACUUGGCUGUUUCUUAUCUGGGGCCCUGCUCACCUGCUGCAUGUAUCUUUUCAGAGCUGAAAGUCACCGAGCACUCAAUAGCAGAUCCUAUUUCUCUCCCUAUGCCUCACAGAGACCAGCUCUGGAAGACUCCACUCUGCUUACUCCUUAAGGAAAGGCUAUUCCUCAGCUGGGACAAUUGUAACAAGUGUGCAUUUGCCAUCCUCGCAAACAGCUACUGCCAAAAUGUAUGCAGUUGACACAAGAGUAUGAGGAGGAGGUAAGCACUCCAGAACAAGCUCUACUUGCACUUGUAUGGCUUGCACAGAUACCCAGGCUCCUGGUUGCCACACAGAUGUGAAGUUAAAUUUUAAGGAUGUACGGUAUGCUAUAAUAUUUGCAUUAUGAGAGCUUCGGAAAAAAAAUCCUUGAAGAAAGUAACCUCUGAGAAGGUCUUGUUUUAGGGAAUCCAUUGUCUUGAGUGCCAAGACCACUUGCGUAAGCACAGACUGAAAUAACCAACACAAAGUCUUUCAGCAUUUGUCUCAACAAUAUCAGUAUGAGUGAGAUAAAUCAUCUGCUCCUGGAUCAGAUGCCAGUGUUCUGCACGGAGAUCCCCAAACUGUAAGAUGGAUGUGUUCCAUGUCUGCAAUGUGUCAACAGACUGUGCAAAGCAGAAAAUACAGGUGAAGAGAGGGACUGAUCGUCCAGCCAACAUCUGGACCAUGCGUACCCAGCAUGGGGGUCUGCGGCUCUUACAGGCAGCUGGAGAGUUCAGCAGAAGAUAAAGAGCUGUGUUAAAUGCCUGACCCUCUCUUUGGCCUGUGAACCUCUGCACUGAGGAAACACUGUAAAUUCAGGUGCACAUUACAGUCCUUCUCAGUAUGUGCCAAAAUGUAUGUUACAGAUGCUCUAGACUCACAGAUCUGGAAAUUGCUAGCUUCUUUAUGCUUAGUAAAAGUUUUGCCUGGACAAAGUGA